AUGAGGGGCCGGAGGGGCGAUCGCAUGACCAUCAACAUCCAGGAGCACAUGGCCAUCAACGUGUGCCCGGGGCCCAUCCGGCCCAUCCGCCAGAUCUCUGACUACUUCCCCCGCCGGGGACCAGGACCUGAAGGGGGUGGCGGGGGCUUCGGAGAGGCCCCUGCUCAUCUGGGCCCCCUGGCCCUGGCACCUCCUGCAGCCCUCCUUGGGGCCACCACGCCCGAGGAUGGAGCUGAGGUGGACAGCUAUGACUCGGAUGAUACCACCGCCCUGGGCACGCUGGAGUUUGACCUUCUCUACGACCAGGCUUCCUGCACUCUGCACUGUAGUAUCCUCAGGGCCAAGGGCCUCAAGCCCAUGGAUUUCAAUGGCCUGGCCGACCCCUACGUCAAGCUGCACCUGCUGCCUGGAGCCUGCAAGGCCAAUAAGCUAAAAACUAAGACUCAGAGGAACACGCUGAAUCCCGUGUGGAAUGAGGACCUGACGUACAGCGGAAUCACAGAUGCUGACAUCACCCACAAGGUGCUCAGGAUCUCCGUCUGUGACGAAGACAAGCUGAGCCACAACGAGUUCAUCGGGGAGAUCCGUGUACCCCUCCGCCGCCUCAAGCCUUCACAGAAGAAGCAUUUUAACAUCUGCCUUGAGCGCCAGGUCCCGCUGGCUUCACCCUCUUCCAUGUCUGUGGCGCUGAGGGGCAUCUCCUGUUACCUGAAGGAGCUGGAGCAGGUGGAGCAUGGGCCUGGGCUGCUGGAAGAGCGCGGGCGCAUCCUGCUGAGCCUCAGCUAUAGUUCUCGGCGCUGCGGGCUGCUGGUGGGCAUCGUGCGCUGCGCCCACCUGGCUGCCAUGGACGUCAACGGCUACUCCGACCCCUACGUCAAGACGUACCUGAGGCCGGACGUGGAUAAGAAAUCUAAGCACAAAACCUGUGUGAAGAAGAAGACCCUAAACCCGGAAUUUAAUGAGGAGUUCUUCUACGAAAUGGAGCUCUCCACUCUGGCCAGCAAGACUCUGGAAGUCACAGUCUGGGACUAUGACAUUGGCAAAUCCAACGACUUCAUCGGUGGCGUGGCCCUGGGGCCGGGCGCCCGGAGAGAGGCCCGGAAGCACUGGAGCGACUGUCUGCAGCAGCCGGACGCAGCCCUGGAGCGCUGGCACACCUUGACCAGCCAGUUGCCCCCGGCAGCUGGAGCCCUGCCCUCAGCCUGAGCAGGACAGCGGCCACCCAGCACAGGGCCCUCAGGGCCGGGCCCAG